CCAGAGUCCAGACCCUCCAGUAAUACAAGGCCGUUUCCUAAUUCUUACGGAAAGUGUAGGAAAUCCCAGUGCUAAAACCCUACCAAAACCCGUACUCUCGUCAAAUUCAAACUCUCUCACACUCUCUCCCUCCCAAAUGUAUCGAAUAGCUUCGAAAUUAGCUUCAACGAUCGCUUCCUCUUCUUCAAGAAGAUUAGUGUGUAACAGAGUCAUAUGCAGCAGAAAUUAUGGGGCCAAAGCUAUCGGUUUUGGGGUUGGGGCUCGGGCAGCAAUGCUGCAGGGCGUUUCCGAGGUAGCAGAAGCCGUAAAAGUCACAAUGGGACCAAAGGGUCGCAAUGUGAUAAUUGAGAAAAAUCAUGGAGACCCCCAAGUCACAAAGGAUGGUGUCACUGUUGCCAAAAGUAUCAGCUUCAAGGAAAAGGCCAAAAAUGUUGGUGCAGAUCUUGUAAAGCAGGUUGCAAGUGCUACUAAUACUGCUGCUGGAGAUGGUACUACUUGUGCUACUGUCUUAACUCAGGCAAUACUCACUGAAGGUUGCAAGUCAAUAGCUGUCGGUGUGAAUGUGAUGGAUUUGCGGCGUGGUAUCAAUAUGGCGGUUGAUGCUGUUAUAUCUGAUCUGAAAAGCAAAGCAUCCAUGUUAAGCACGCCAGAAGAAAUUAAACAGGUUGCAACUAUUUCUGCUAAUGGUGAACAUGAGAUCGGAGAUUUGAUAGAAAGAGCAAUGGAGAAAGUUGGAAAGGAAGGAGUCAUUACUGUCGCUGAUGGGAAUACUUUGGAUAAUGAGCUGGAAGUGGUGGAAGGAAUGAAGCUAGCCAGAGGUUACGUAUCUCCUUAUUUUGUUACUGAUCAGAAGACCCAGAAAUGUGAGCUAGAGAACCCGUUGAUCCUUAUUUAUGACAAGAAAAUUUCAGAUGUAAAUUCGCUUCUGAGAAUAUUGGAGCUAUCAGUACAGAGAAAAAGAGCACUUCUUGUUGUAGCUGAGGAUGUUGAUAGUGAGGCACUCGCUUUGCUUAUACUCAACAAGCAUCAUGCUGGGAUUAAGGUUUGUGCCAUUAAAGCUCCUGGUUUUGGGGAAAAUAGAAGAGCAAAUUUAGACGAUCUUGCCAUUCUUACUGGGGGAGAGAUUAUCACUGAAGACCGUGGUUUAACCCUGGACAAAGUCCAAUUUGAAAUGCUUGGAACUGCAAAAAAGGUGACUGUCUCUCUUGAUGACACAAUAGUUCUAAAUGGGGGUGGAGAUAAGAAGCUGAUCGAAGAAAGAUGUGAGCAGCUGAGGACAGCUAUGGAGAAGAGUACUGCCAUGUUUGACAAGGAAAAGGCACAGGAACGGCUAUCGAAGCUAUCUGGUGGUGUCGCUGUUUUCAAGGUUGGAGGGGCUAGUGAGGCAGAAGUCGGGGAAAGGAAAGAUAGGGUGACAGAUGCUUUAAAUGCUACAAGAGCAGCUGUGGAAGAAGGUAUUUUGCCAGGUGGUGGUGUUGCCCUUUUGUAUGCUGCAAAAGUUUUGGAGAAUCUUCCAACUGAAAAUGAAGACCAGAAAAGAGGCAUAAAGAUAAUCCAGAAUGCUCUCAAGGCACCUGCGUUCACAAUAGCCUCAAAUGCUGGUUUUGAUGGUGCAGUGGUCAUUGGAAAAUUGUUGGAACAAGAUGAUCAUAAUUGGGGUUUCGAUGCUGCUAAAGGUGUAUAUGUUGACAUGGUGAAGGAGGGAAUCAUAGAUCCUCUUAAAGUGAUUAGAACGGCUUUAGUAGAUGCUGCCAGUGUAUCUUUGCUAUUGACAACAACUGAGGCAGCUGUAGUGGAUCAUCCGGAUGACAAAAACAAACGCCCCAGCCGCAUGCCAAAUUUGGAUGAUAUGGGCGGCUUCUAGAGCUUCUUUCCACAAUCGACACCACUAAUCUCAAAGCCAAUUUAACAAUAAUAUAUCAUGAUGCUAUGUAUCAAUACUUGUCGGGCCUUUUGUCAUUGGUUUAUUAUAAUUGGAAAAAUAUGUAUUCGGAAUCCCAAA